AGUCCUGUACCUCAGCAUUCACAGGUAUGAAGGCGGUUCUUUCUGGCCUCACCUGCAGGAGUCUGACAGCAGCUUUGUCGGCAGCGGCCGAGCUGAAGGAAAAACCAUCAACCUGCCCUGGAACCAGACGGGGAUGAGCGACGCUGAUUACAUCACCGCAUUUCAUCAAGUUCUGCUGCCUGUAGCCUGCGAGGCCCUUCAUUGGCUGACGGUGAUGUCAUCAGAACAUCAUCCAGUGAGAAAAGUACGACGGUUGCUUCUCCCGCCUCCUCUCCUUCCAUGACGACGGGCCUGGUUUAUGAUGAGAGGAUGAUGGAGCAUGAAAAUCUGUGGGACAGACACCACCCUGAACAGCCACAGAGGGUCUUUAAGAUCUUUAACAAACAUCAGCAGCUGGGAUUGGUCGAUCGUUGCGUGCAGAUACCAGCUCGCCUGGCGACAGAGGAGGAGCUGGCCAUGUGUCACAGUGUGCAGCACAUCCAGCACAUGAAGGCAACGGCCACGAUGAAGCUUCGAGACCUUCACAGACUGGGAAAUGAGUUCACCUCCAUUUUCAUCAACAACCAAAGCUUCCAGUGUGCCCAGCUGGCUGCAGGAAGCUGCUUUAAUGCAGUGGAUAGCAUCCUGGGUGGACAG